AUGAAGAUUCACAAUAGCAUUUUGCUUAUACUUCUCGUUGCUUUAGGCAUAAUUAUCAUCUCUUUUAUCCAACCGGACCAAUACAUCUUCGGUAUAGAAUACGAGGUUCGUGUCAUCAAUGGCUUCUCCAACAACUCCUCAUUGCCUCUGGUCAUUUGGUGCUCCUCCGAGGACAGUGAUCUUGGCGGACGUGCGCUCCAAGAAGGUGAUGAUUUCAGCUGGAGACUCAAAACCAACUUCUGGGGCACUACAAAUUUCUUGUGCACCAUGAAGUGGGAAGAAAAAAGAAAACGUUUCGACGCUUUUAAAGUUCGAAGGGAUUGCCGUCGGUGUAACCCUUUUAGAAAGUGCUCUUGGCUGGUGAAAGAAGACGGAUUUUACUUCAGCAACGAUGAGGUCAACUGGAAGAAAGACUUUCCAUGGUACUGA